AUGAGCGAGGAGACCCCUACCGAAACCGAAGGUGCCUACGAGGGGAUACGUUCUAUGUGGCGAAAGUUAGACGACACGACCGUCUAUGAACGAAUGGCCAUCGAUUGGAGGAACGGAUUAAGCACCCUCAAGUUGAGCGACAACGUAUUCGAAUUCGACAAGGGCUACAAGACGAUCGAGUCUGAGCUCGUCCCGAAGGUCGUGUCUCGAGAACCCACGAACCCAAGCGUAGGCACUUGGAGGAACGCGAGUUCUGGAGGGGGAGCGAUGAAGAGAAAAACCAAGACUCUGAAGGAAGGGAGGGCGAAGAAGGUCCAAAGCCAUCUACGUCCCCGCCAGCUCCUUGGCGUGCUCAUCCCCAUGGACAACCAGCCUGACCGGACGCUACAAGACCAGCGGGUGAUUGCAGCACAGACUGAGAUUCACCCCAUCGUCAAGCUCCCGGUGCCCUUGGAGGAGAAAGCCACGCUCCUCUCGCUGAAGACAUCGGGCGGCCGCUACGGCUUGGAGCUGGAGGAGCCGUCGACGUCAGUGGCCCACGACUUCGACCAGAACAUGCUCCAAGCUCUUUGUGGACAGCGCGCCCUCCGGUGCAAGUACACCUGCAUGGGCUUGGCUUGGCGUGGGCACAGGCUCUUCCUGGAGAUGGCUGUCCCCUACCAGGCUUUUGACAUGGCUCGUCGUCAGCUCCUUCGCUUGCCGAUGGCCCGGGAGCUGCUUCGUGAGGUGUGGGAGUUUCGUGACACUCACUCUUUGUGGGACGAGGCUGGUGUGUGCUGCCACCUGAGAAGGCAGUGCCAAAAACUGCAGUGGACCUGGGAAGAGCCCUUCACUGUCCAAACUCGUCACGGUGCUCUGGACCUGUGCUCUCCGGUCAAGGGGUGGUUCCAGCAUGGCCUCCGCAUGGCCAUUCGGCAGAGCCUCUUCUCUCUGGUGCCAGCCAGGAAGGACUUGCAGGGCAUCCAGGCUGGGGUCGACUACGUGGCCACUACUGCUCUGCUCCGUGGCUCCACCUUGGACGCGACUCAGCGCAGCAGACUUCGUUUUCUUUGGGAGGGCCGAGUUGCAACUGAAGAACGUUCUGCUAAACACCGUGGCGGAGACCCUACGUGCCCGCACUGCACUUUGGGAGUACCUGAGACUUCGCUUCACGUCUCCAAGGAGUGCCCGCAGUUUGCUGACUGUCGCAAGGAGCUCCUUGCCAAGACUUCUCAGGCUGAAAGGGACAGUUGGGCCCCUUGCUUUUGGAACGCUGGCAUCCUCCCGGUCGAGCCCUCCUUGGUUGCGCUGCACUCACGGUUGCCGCCCUACACCCUUGCCGACCCGGUGCCUGCCGACUACGACAACGACGAGUCCGUUGAGGAGUGGUUUCGUGGAGGCCGCUUGGUCGUUGCUGGCGACGGUGCCUGCGCAAACCAGGGCACCCUCCUGGCACGUGCUGGCUUUGGUGCUUUCUUCGGGCCCGCGCACCCUCUCAACUUUGCGUGCGCACUUGAGGGCCCGGUGCAGGACUCUGACAGAGCUGAGCUACGCGCACUGCUUCGAGUUGCUAGGUGGACGCCGUGCUUGACCGAGUACCUCUGCGACAACGAGGCUGUGGUUGUGGGUUUCGAGAAGCUCCUGUGCGGCUCUGCGCAGCCCUGGGCUGACCACGUUGACCUUUGGAGUGCUCUUCGCCAGGUGCUUGACGAACGCGGUGUGGACCUGCUGCAAGUUUCCUUUGUCAAGGGUCACGCGGACGAGCUUGACAUUGCAACCGGCAGGGCCACGCUCAAGGAAGCCUGCUGGAACACUGAGGCUGAUCGCCUAGCGGUCCAGGGAGCAGCGCUCCAUGACGUCCCUGCUGCGGCUAAGGACCUCUUUCGGCGGCGUGAGUUUGUGACCAAGCUCAUGCAGCGCACGUUGCUUGCGGUGCAUGAAGCCCGCACUCUGGCCUGGACUCAACGACAACUGCUUGCUGACCCCCAAGGCCCUGUGUGUGACAGUGCUCCUGCUGCUGAACCUUGUGGUGCGUCGUCUGCUGCUGCACAGACUCUUCCUGAAGGAGAACCUCGCCGACAGCUGCAGACGCAAGACGUUUUUGCGCAGCCUCAGCUUGCGCUUCCCAGGUACUGUUGGGAUCGACCUGCCGGCGGUGCUCGUUGCUCCCUGCCUCCUUUGCCACAGCGGAUUGGGGCAGCGCCUAGUGCUUGCGAUCGACACAAGGGCCAUCCUGACCAUCUCCCGUGGCGGUAUGGUUCGGGGUUCAUAGAACCUCUCUACUGGUUUUGGGCCAGCCUUGAAUGGGUGGAUCAAGUUGCUGUCGGUGAUGAAACAGUCGCCGCCACGUCGUUUUGUGAGCUUGCAAUUGCCUUUCAGCUGCUCACAGGUUUGGUGCCGGACAUGGACACUGCUGCUACGAGGACCACUCUGCAACAGCGGGCCCACUUCUUCACUGUUGCUUCGAAGCGUCUGAGUGGCAUCCUUGGCGCGCGCCUCUGCCCAGGUGACCACGUGGCGCUCCCCGACGUGCUUCGGCGACUUCGUUUUCAGACUGCCCCAGGUGUGGCUGGGCGGUUCAGUCUGCCUGCGGACUUUUGGCGCCACUACUGCGCAGUUUGGGUUCGGGCUCACCUUGAAGUCCCGAUUACCUCUGGUGCUCAGCGGCAACUCAAGUGGCAGCCCAACUUCGACCGACCUCCGGAGCCGCUGUGGCGCAGCUCUGCUCCGAUUGGCUUCGAAACUGCAAGGCGGUGGAGACGCGACAGAGACAUUGCAGUCUCGUUAGCCAGCGCCUCUUCUUCUGCGCGUGCUGCUGACGGCCAAGCUGGCCUGGUUCAGGUCUGCCAGCCUUCUCCUGUACCUCCUGAACGGCGAGUUCGUGGCAAACAACCUGGUGUGGUCGGCGUUGUUGCACCUGCAGCUCCAGUCCCGAAGGCGCGUGCGGUUGCGAGACAACCCAAGCUUGCUGUGUCAGACCUCAGUGUUGCUGAAGCUGCCCAACUUGAGGGCCUCACUGGAGUGCGACGUAACCAGGUGCUGAAGCUGCUGUGUCACAACCGUGAUGCUGUUGCUCGUGGAAAGCACUACAUAGUUGUGGGGCACGAAGCUGAUACCGUCGGUCAGCUGAAGUGCAGAGAUUGCUCUAUGCUUGGCAGAUGGGCCGAAUGGCCUUACUAUGCCAUACGUUCGAAUUGCAAGAGGUGGUGCUAUCAAGGAAAAGUGCUUGCUGGCAACCGCAUGCUGGCUGACUAUGGGAUCGAGCAUUUGUCUUGUCUGGAGGUGAUGCCUGUGCUUAAGGGUGGAGGUGUCAUUGGCAAGGAGGCCCGCAACAAAUUGCUCAAGAUCCUGGAAAUGACUGGCCGAUUCGACCUUGCCCACGCCGGCAUCGACGAACUUAUCCAUCGAGUGGACCCUGCCACCUUGAAGACCUUGGCCGGCUCCAAGACGACGAAGGUCCAGGACAUUUUGAAUGUUGCCAAUAAGUGCGACCCGCCGGUUGCCUUCAGCAGCACCUACCGCAGGAAUGACCAGAAGCCACCUAAAAGUGCUCGUGGUGGCCAGAAUAAGAAUGGUGUAGCUGUGGACUCCUCCCUUGCCAAGGGCAAGGGCAAAGGCUCUCAUGGCCAUCCUUUGGCAGCUGGCAGGCGCCCUGGCUCUGGUGGUGAUGCCUCCACCCCGGUGACCCUUGAUGCUGCUGGCCUUGGCAAUUUGCAUGUGCUUGCCACCUUGAAGCGCAAUAGUGGCCCAUGCCUUACUGGAAUCUACCUGGCGGAGAGCAAAGCUGCUGAGGAGAUCGUCCGUGAACUUCGUGCGGACCCGUGGCCUGCGCCUUUGGCUGUGCUUGUGCUUGGCAACCUCAAGGCGAACGCUGCUCAUUGGCUCGACACUCAGCUGCUGGCUUCUGGUGCUGAGGUGGCUGUGCCCACUUGCCAGGGCACCCGGCGCAUGGUACGCAAAAUGGUUGCUUUUCAGGUUGGCUCGGAACCCCUCACAAUUCCGUCACCGGCGGUCUUCGACUUGGAAGAGGAAUUUGAGUCGUACCAGACAUGGAACAUGCAAGUGCGACAGACCUGGGCUCCGACUGAAAUUUGGCAAGCCUGCUGUGAACCCCAGCCCUCUAAGCCAUCUGCGACUGGACGCAAGGUGACUACGGCGGCCUAUCUCUCCGAGCUCCUCAAGACCCUCCUGCUCGCCAAGCUCAAGCUCAAGGAGGCUGCUGAGGUUGAAGCUUGGAGUGGCCGUAAGCAUGGGGAUUCCGAAAGUCAAGGGGGAUGCAUCGACUCUUUGAUCCGUAUCCCCCAGCAGUAUGAGGAGGCCAUUCGCCGUGCAUCCGGGCAGGACGGCAUCUUCUUUGAGCGCAAGUUUGCUUCUGAUAUCGCCAAGGAAUCUGAGCGCUCUUUGCGCCCCUUGAUUGCGGUGCCGGGCGACGACUGGAACCUCGACAAGAUCCUGACCACACUUCGUGAGACUGAGGGUGCCGAGGGUUUCGAGGUCUGGGGCAAGCGCCUUAUGCUGCGUGUUCAGGGUGCUCACGAAGCUGCUGCGCGGUUGAAGUUGACUGGCAAGGAGCAGGCCCCCACUGACCUGCUGUGGCGCAUGACGGGCGUCCCUCACCUUAAGGUCGGCCAGCUUUCGGACUUUCUUCAAGCUCGGCUGCUUUGGGAGAUUGAGGAGGUCAUCUCCUUUCGGAAGAAGGAGGCUGUCAUCCGUGCUGCGACGCCUCCGCCCGCUGACUACUUGAUUGGUGGACAAGAUGCUUGGUCUAUCAUCAUGGGCUCUGAGGUGGUGACCAUUCGGCAGAUCAUCCCCAAGCACCGUCGCCAGGAAAAGGGGCCAGUUGCUGACAUCUCCUUUGCCAAAGCCAGCCGACCUGCGCCUAAGGAUUGGAGCAAGCUGCUGACUCCGGUGCCGCACGCCGCUGCUACGAACAUGGACCUCGAUGGCUACGACCCCGACCUCGAUGACGAGACUACCCAGUUCGAUGCCGAGAUGGCCGGUGCCCAGUCAGCCCCGGCGUCUACUGCAGCUGGUGCCUUGGAUGUCUUUCUACGAUCCCAGGCGAAACCUGGCUCCGCCAAGCACUCUGCUUUGGCACAGGUUGCAACUGAGCUGACUGCACAGGCCCAGACCCAGCUACGCCAGGCCAUCGACAAGAAUGCCGAAGAUGCCGCAGCCCAGCAGCAGUGGAUCGAGAAUGCAGUCGACAGCAAGCUCGCCUCCUUCCAGAAGGCCUUGACUGAUCAGCAAGCUAUCUGGGAGCAGGUGCAGGAUCGCAAGCUGCAGGACCUCCAAACCUCGCAGAAGGAGUUCCAGGCCCAGACCCGGCAGGAGUUUCAGAAUGUACACGACACCGCGGCCACCCGACAUCAUGACCUCAUGGGCCAAAUGUCUUCGAUGAUGGCGAUGUUGCAGGCUCACGGCCCCUCUGGGGAGAAGCGCUCCAGUGACUUUCCUGAGAGUGCGGCGGCCAAGGCCAAGGUGUCCCCCGGUGACUCUGGUGCUAAAGUCUUCUUCGAGAUGCUCCCGUUUGUCGGCUCGAAGAUCUUUAGUUCGAUCGAGGCCAAUGGUGGCAUCAGAGAUUUUGGGAUUUUCUCGGCUACUUGGAGGUGGUUGGCUCGACAUGCUGGCCUCCUUCUGUUCCUGGGCCUCGUUGUUUUCAGUUACGCCAUUUUGGCGACACAGCCUGUCAAUUGGCAGGUGAGUUUUCUUGGAAUUCGUUUGGGAGAAGCUGAUCUCCCCGGCCAUCGGCGCAGAGCUGCGAAAGGCUACGGUUUGGCCCGGGCGGUGCACAACAUCAGGCUCCGCUCUCACAACAUGGGUGGCCUGCGACAUUGGGACAAAAAAUCCCUCCUUUGGUCGGACAAUGCUGCUGAUGUGAUUGCUGUGCAGGAGACCUGGGCUGAUGCCAAGGACGUCCUCGAUGGGCAGAAACACUUUGCUGCACAUGGUUUGCGCUCCUUUUGGAGCCCUCCGGGACCUGCCCGUGGCCAAGGAUCUGGCACCAUGGUGGCCGCUCUCCGACCGGUGGUGUCGAAGGAGUUCUUCACUGACGGUUUCGACUCCGAGAUGGAUCAUCUUUGGACCUCCACUCGGGUAGCUGGAGCCUGGGUGGAAACCUCUCGUGUGGACCAUGGCUUCGCUGUUCUCUCCUUCUACGGCAUCGCUGGCGCCAAUGCUUGCAACAACAAACGUGCUGAAUCGGAGAGGCUCCUGCUGGCCUUGCUUAGCCACCUGGGAGCCUACAGGCACCGACCCAUCUUCCUGUGCAUGGAUGCUAACCUGGAGUUUGACAAGAGCGACACCAUGCGCGCCUUGGUCAAACUGGGGUGGACUGACCUUGCAGCUGGUCUGGGAGGCACUUUCAAGACCAACCCGGCCAAUGCUAAUCCAAACAGCCGCAUCGACUUUGUGUUCGCAAACCCGGCUGCUGCAGGAUUGGUCUUGGAUGUACGGCUCCAGUGGCUCCCAGGCUUUCAGCAUGCAGCCUUGGACAUUGACCUCCACCUUGGCAUGAACACUGGACCUAUCACGAGGCUGCGGGCUCCUAAGCGUAUGCCCCAGCUGCCUCAACUUGCACAACCAGACCUCGACACUUACGAGGAAUGGGCCCAUGAUACCUGGCAAUCUACCUUCGCUGCCAGUUUCGACGUGGCCCUUGACAGGAAGGACACCACCUCCGCGUGGCAAGUGUGCGAGGCCUUCGAUGCGGAGUGCCUCCAAAUGCGAUUGGAGUUUGCUGGUGUUGCUGACCCCAAGGCCACUGUUGGCCGUGGGGGUGUGCCCAAAGUGCUUCAGUCUCAGCCUGCAGGACGUCGGGAGUUUGGCUAUGAUCACGCCUGGACUUCCUUUGUGGCUUGGCUUCGGUCUCUUCUGCAACUUCAGGCCGUGAACUCCGUGACCUCUGACAUUCAACUGGAAACCCGUUGGAGGCUUGGCUGCGAUAAAUUCCGGUACUUUCUCUCCGGCCUCCUUGCACUCGACUGCUCCCUCCCGGCUGGUACCACGUGGUGGCAGGAGCUGCAACUUCGUCUGGAUCGAGCCCUACAUGAACGUGCUACGGCUGCAGCUUUACGCAACCAGCUUGCUAAGACCGCCUGGUGCAAAAAGAUGCGCUCCAUUGUGCAUGCCUGCAAGCACCUCAAGGGCCCCCAGGACAAACAGACCACACACCUCGUUGACAAGGCCACUGGCGAGAUCACUGUUGUCGUUAGUCGCAUGCAUGACAUGUUGUUGAAGGCAUGGCAACCUCUCUUCUCCAUGUAUGCGACCAAGCCCGAACCUGACUGGCACGAUUUUGCCAAUGAGUAUGCUGCUGAACUCCAGGAUUGGCGUGCUUCCUGUCCGGAUGCCCUGCCUUCUGGAGCCCUUGCGCAUGCCGUUCGCACUCGUGGUUCCACCAAAGUUGGUGGCACCGACGGUUGGACCACUGCUGAAGGGCAUCUGCUUCCUGAGGUGUCCUUUUGUGCUCGUCAAGCAUGCUUGGACACCGUGGCUCAUGGAGCUGACUGGCCGCCGCCUUUGCUCUUUGGCACUGUGCCCAUGCUGCCGAAGAACGACUCCGGACUUCCUGAAGAUCAACGGCCUCUCACCUGCUUGUCGCUUUGGAACGUUUGUUGGGAUAAGGCCAUCUUUGGCCUUACCAAGUCCUGGCUGCACUCCUUGCUUCCGGUUGAGAUGAGGGGAGCACGAGCCGGCGGCACGACCAUGGAUGUUGCCUGGGUCGUCGCUCUUCUGUUGGAGCAUGCUCACUGCUACUCGGAGGAAAAGGCCGGUUACCUCCUUGACAGGGAGAAAUGCUUUGAUCGACUCCCCUGGGCAAUCACCUUUGCUUUGGAGCAACACACCGGCUUCCCCAGCAAGUGGUCCCAAGCCGAUUGCCGGCUGAACCGUCAGCUGCAAACAGCCUUUCGGCUAGGACCUCUCAUCGGGCCCUUUUGGUCAGCUACCAACUCGUUCAGGCAGGGGCUUUCGAGCAGUGUUCGGAGAGUCUCCUUGGUCAUGGGCGUGUGGGUGCGUCGGCAGCUCAACAUCCUGCCCAGGGCCUUUGUGGGCAACUACUACGAUGAUUGCUUGGUUGUGGCAAGGUCAAAGGCUGAACAGCAAUGCUCCAUGGACGCGAAUGACCGCUUUGACACUUUGACUGGGCAGAAGGUGGGGCACAAGAAAACCGUCGGCUUCACUGUCCCCUGCUCUACGCCUACAUUGUGCUCGCGCGGCCAGCUCCUUCGACAGGUCUCGGUGGACAAGCUCUUAGGAGUACUCAUCCCCAUGGACAACCAGCCUGACCGGACGCUACAAGACCAGCGGGUGAUUGCAGCUCAGACUGAGAUUCACCCCAUCGUCAAGCUCCCGGUGCCCUUGGAGGAGAAAGCCACGCUCCUCUCGCUUAAGACAUCGGGCGCCCGCUACGGCUUGGAGCUGGAGGAGCCUUCGUCGUCAGUGGCCCACGACUUCGACCAGAACUUGCUCCAAGCUCUUUGUGGUCAGCGUGCCCUCCGGUGCAAGUACACCAGCAUGGGCUUGGCUUGGCGUGGGCACAGGCUCUUCCUGGAGAUGGCCGUCCCCUACCAGGCUUUUGACAUGGCUCGUCGUCAGCUCCUCCGCUUGCCGAUGGCCCGGGAGCUGCUUCGUGAGGUGUGGGAGUUUCGUGACACCCACUCUUUGUGGGACGAGGCUGGUGUGUGCUGCCACCUGAGAAGGCAGUGCCAAAAACUGCAGUGGACCUGGGAAGAGCCCUUCACUGUCCAGACUCGUCACGGUGCUUUGGACCUGUGCUCUCCGGUCAAGGGGUGGUUCCAACAUGGCCUCCGCAUGGCCAUUCGGCAGAGCCUGUUCUCACUGGUGCCAGCCAGGAAGGACUUGCAGGGCAUCCAGGCUGGGGUCGACUACGUGGUCACUACUGCUCUGCUCCGUGGCUCCACCUUGGACGCGACUCAGCGCAGCAGACUUCGUUUUCUUUGGGAGGGCCGGGUUGCAACUGAAGAACGUUCUGCUAAACACCGUGGCGGAGACCCUACGUGUCCGCACUGCACUUUGGGAGUACCUGAGACUUCGCUUCACGUCUCCAAGGAGUGCCCGCAGUUUGCUGACUGUCGCAAGGAGCUCCUUGCCAAGACUUCUCAGGCUGAAAGGGACAGUUGGGCCCCUUGCUUUUGGAACGCUGGCAUCCUCCCGGUCGAGCCCUCCUUGGUUGCGCUGCACUCACGGUUGCCGCCCUGCACCCUUGCCGACCCGGUGCCUGCCGACUACGACAACGACGAGUCCGUGGAGGAGUGGUUUCGUGGAGGCCGCUUGGUUGUCGCUGGCGACGGUGCCUGCGCAAACCAGGGCACCCUCCUGGCACGUGCUGGCUUUGGUGCUUUCUUCGGGCCUGCGCACCCUCUCAACUUUGCGUGCGCACUUGAGGGCCCGGUGCAGGACUCUGACAGAGCUGAGCUACGCGCACUGCUUCGAGUUGCUAGGUGGACGCCGUGCUUGACCGAGUACCUCUGCGACAACGAGGCUGUGGUUGUGGGUUUCGAGAAGCUCCUGUGCGGCUCUGCGCAGCCCUGGGCUGACCACGUUGACCUUUGGAGUGCUCUUCGCCAGGUGCUUGACGAACGCGGUGUGGACCUGCUGCAAGUUUCCUUUGUCAAGGGUCACGCGGACGAGCUUGACAUUGCAACCGGCAGGGCCACGCUCAAGGAGGCCUGCUGGAACACUGAGGCUGAUCGCCUAGCGGUCCAGGGAGCAGCGCUCCAUGACGUCCCUGCUGCGGCUAAGGACCUCUUUCGGCGGCGUGAGUUUGUGACCAAGCUCAUGCAGCGCACGUUGCUUGCGGUGCAUGAAGCCCGCACUCUGGCCUGGACUCAACGACAACUGCUUGCUGACCCCCAAGGCCCUGUGUGUGACAGUGCUCCUGCUGCUGAACCUUGUGGUGCGUCGUCUGCUGCUGCACAGACUCUUCCUGAAGGAGAACCUCGCCGACAGCUGCAGACGCAAGACGUUUUUGCGCAGCCUCAGCUUGCGCUUCCCAGGUACUGUUGGGAUCGACCUGCCGGCGGUGCUCGAUGCUCCCUGCCUCCUUUGCCACAGCGGAUUGGGGCAGCGCCUAGUGCUUGCGAUCGACACAAGGGCCAUCCUGACCAUCUCCCGUGGCGGUAUGGUUCGGGGUUCAUAGAACCUCUCUACUGGUUUUGGGCCAGCCUUGAAUGGGUGGAUCAAGUUGCUGUCGGUGAUGAAACAGUCGCCGCCACGUCGUUUUGUGAGCUUGCAAUUGCCUUUCAGCUGCUCACAGGUUUGGUGCCGGACAUGGACACUGCUGCUACGAGGACCACUCUGCAACAGCGGGCCCACUUCUUCACUGUUGCUUCGAAGCGUCUGAGUGGCAUCCUUGGCGCGCGCCUUUGCCCAGGUGACCACGUGGCGCUCCCCGACGUGCUUCGGCGACUUCGUUUUCAGACUGCUCCAGGUGUGGCGGGGCGGUUCAGUCUGCCUGCGGACUUUUGGCGCCACUACUGUGCAGUUUGGGUUCGGGCUCACCUUGAAGUCCCGAUUACCUCUGGUGCUCAGCGGCAACUCAAGUGGCAGCCCAACUUCGACCGACCUCCAGAGCCUCUGUGGCGCAGCUCUGCUCCGAUUGGCUUCGAAACUGCAAGGCGGUGGAGACGCGACAGAGACAUUGCAGUCUCGUUAGCCAGCGCCUCUUCUUCUGCGUGUGCUGCUGACGGCCAAGCUGGCCUGGUUCAGGUCUGCCAGCCUUCUCCUGUACCUCCUGAACGGCGAGUUCGUGGCAAACAACCUGGUGUGGUCGGCGUUGUUGCACCUGCAGCUCCAGUCCCGAAGGCGCGUGCGGUUGCAAGACAACCCAAGCUUGCUGUGUCAGACCUCAGUGUUGCUGAAGCUGCCCAACUUGAGGGCCUCACUGGAGUGCGACGUAACCAGGUGCUGAAGCUGCUGUGUCACAACCGUGAUGCUGUUGCUCGCGGAAAGCACUACAUAGUUGUGGGGCACGAAGCUGAUACCGUCGGUCAGCUGAAGUGCAGAGAUUGCUCUAUGCUCGGCAGAUGGGCCGAAUGGCCUUACUAUGCCAUACGUUCGAAUUGCAAGAGGCAGCUUGGCGGCACUGCUUCUUCGUCGUCGGCCUCGCGUGCGCGCUAG